AUGACUGCUGUGGUUGGGAUGACCAAUAUUAAUGAUGGACCACCAAAAGGAUGGAUACGUAUCCAAAUGGAACCAAUAGAUGUUCCUCUGGAGGCAGAUGGAAGUAUUUUAUUUUCAAUUAUACAAAGUUCAAUACCAGGAGCACACAGUCUUUAUUACAAAGAAAAUGGUGUACAAAAAGCAUUGAAAUAUGAUUCAACUAAUGGUAGAGUUUGUAAACCAUAUCAAGGAUGGGAUUCAAAUCCAAUUUUUGUUAACAUUGCUCAUGGAUGUCGUCCAUAUGGUAAAAAGGUUGAUGCAUAUACUGUUGCAACAGAAAGGUUUGAGAAAUCAGUUGAAUUGGUACAAAAAAUGCUUGCUGGGUCAUAUGGAAAAAAAAGUAAAGGAUUAGACAAUUUACCUGUUGGAGUUUUAUUAAGAGAAAAGGGAUUACUUAAAAAAGGUAUACCAAAAGAAGAAACUAUUGAAAAAGAUAUUGUUAUGAAGGAUGAAAAUAUAAAAAAAGAAAUAACAAAAGUUGAGGAUGGACAGAUGAAGAAACUUGAAAAUGAAAUAAAUGAAUUGAAGAAGAGUAAUGUUACAUUAGAGAAAGAACUUAAAGAAUGUAAAGAAUGGAUGAUGGAAGCUAAAAAGAUAGUUACUGAAUUACGUGAAAAUACCUCACGUCCUGAAAAAGAAUGUACUUCUGAAGUAGGUUGUCAAAGUCAGGUAAAUACCCUUGAAAAUAUAGAUUCAUCAAAAGUAUUAAAUGAAUCACAUGAAACAAAAGCACUCCAAUUUGAGAAUGAUACUUUAAAACAGGAAUUGGCAAUGGCUGAACAAAAAAUUACUGAAUUACAGGAAGAAAUUUCUAAAAAAGAUUUUACAAUGAAUGAUAAUCGUUACAAGUCAUCACAAAUUCAUCCAACUAAUUUGUAUACCAAUCAACCAAAUUUACCACAUAAUCAUCAACAAUUUAAUUCAUGUUAUCAACAAAAUAGUCAUCAUUUCUAUCAACCACCCAUGAAUUGUAGAGGAUUCAUAGGUAAUUGUUGUAAUGGAUAUCCAAGUUAUUUAGAUAAUCCAUUAUACAAAGCACCAUAUGAAGAAGAGUUAAAUUUGAAAAGAAAACAAUUAGAAUUAGCUGAUAAUAAAAUACAAACAUUGGAGGCAGAACUUGAAUUUGAAAAAAAACGUAUUGAAAAAAAUGAUGUAAAUUUAAGACAUGGAUUUUUAAUUAAAAAACAACCCUGUGGACUUAGAAAUAUAAAUGAUAUAUUAACAACUGACUUUCUAGCAAAAAAUGGUUAUGAAAUGAAAAGAACAUGGUUUGAAAUUGAGUUACCUUGGAAAGCUACAGAUGUAUUUAUUGUUGGAAGUUUUACCAACUGGGAAUGUGCUUUAAAAUGUAAUCCAUUACGGAAUAGUCAUAACAAAUAUGGAAUAUGGUGUGAUGUACCAAAAGGAACACAUGAAUUUAAAUUUAUUGCUGAUGGAGCAUGGAUACAUUCAACCUUUUAUCAAGCAUGUUCCAAUGACUUCAAAACAUUAAAUAAUUUUAUUUCUGUUAAUUAA